GGCGAGCAGCGGGCGUCCGAGCUGCUAGCGAGCCGGAGGAGGAGCCGCGGCGGCUCCAGGGGCAGCCUAGGAGCAGGGAAGGGCGCCCCAGGUGGUUGCCCCCACCCUCUCCUGAGAUGUCAGGGAGGAGACUACCUGUAUCCUACACAGGGGCCCCACAGAGCCUGGGGGCCCCCAACCCCAGAGUGAGGAGGCGGAGGUGCUGUUGUUGCUGACAGGUGUGCAAGCCAUGCUCCCCCACCCCUCCUCUCUCCUCCUCCUCCUCCUUUUCCUCCUCCCCAGCGUCCCCAUGGAAGCCCAACCCCCAUCCUCCACCCUGCCCCCAUUUCUGGCCCCUGAGUGGGACCUCCUAUCUCCUCGAGUGGCCCUGUCCAGAGGCACCCCUGCCGGCCCCCCUCUCCUCUUCCUGCUGGAGACGGGGGCCUAUGGAGAGCCCGCAGGGGCCCCAGCCAACCGCAGCCGGCGCGGGGUGAGUGAGACAGCGCCCGCAAGCCGCCGGGGUGAGCUGGCAGUGUGCGACGCAGUGAGUGGCUGGGUGACCGACCGGCGGACGGCUGUGGACUUGCGUGGGCGCGAGGUGGAGGUCCUGGGCGAGGUGCCUGCAGCAGGUGGCAGUCCCCUGCGUCAGUACUUCUUCGAGACGCGCUGCAAGGCCGAAAGUGCUGGGGAAGGUGGCCCAGGUGUGGGCGGAGGGGGCUGUCGUGGCGUGGAUCGGAGGCACUGGCUGUCAGAAUGCAAGGCUAAGCAGUCCUAUGUGCGGGCGUUGACUGCAGACUCCCAGGGCCGCGUGGGCUGGCGCUGGAUUCGGAUCGACACAGCUUGUGUCUGUACGCUCCUCAGCCGAACAGGCCGGGCCUGAAGUCUGCGCUUCAAAACUGCUCAGGUUGAGGGAAGAAAGGAGCUGGAUGCUGAAAGGACCUCACAGGCGGCCUGGCUUCUAUACCGUGCCUUCUGACUGGG